UUGUCGUGCUGCUAGGCUCCGCAGCGCACGCUCGUUUCACCUUCACUUAGCGACUCCAGGUAGUUGUGGAGCAAUGUGAGCCACUCAAUGGCAGUAUCAUGAAAUGCGCGAGCGCGAUGGGCCUUGUUUGGAACUAUUAUGAGGCUCGCGACAACGAUACACAGGCUAAGCUUUAGUUUUCUUCUUUAGGCCUGCUUCACCUCAGUUCUCUUUCUAUUCUUCAUCUUCAUUCUCUAUUGUUCGUUAUUGUGCUAUUGUUGAGCGGGAAGGCUUUCUGCCUCGCAGCCAGGGAUAUCUUUUCUACAUUUCUCAAGACACCAUCUUUCUUUCAAUUUUUUUUAAACAAUCAACGCUCGACGCGUCCUACUCGACUGCUGGACAGCCCAUACACCAAUCGCUACUUCCACCAGCUCUCCCGACUUCUUACGGCUCCGUCGACACAUUGAAAAUGGCACUCCUUUCAGCAGAACAUCUGGCCGGCCCAGGAUACAUAAUUCUCAAUGUUGUACGUGGGUUGAACAUCAUCGCUCUCGCUUCUGUAGUGGCGAGCAGUGUGGUGAUGCUUGUCAAGACCUUCGUGAUUUCUAAGUUCUACUUCUUCGACGCCACAAGUCACAUCAUUACCGGCCUUGCAGGCAUGUUCCUCAUCAUUUCCGAAUGCUCGCUCUUCCGUAACUUCUACGCUCGAAACUGGCCUCUUCUCAGCUCUAGGCAUGGCUUCGUCACCUUGGGCUGCGCGAUGAUGGUAUUGGGACUCAACACACUCGGCAACAUGAACAAGCAGGCUACAAGCCAGGAGUCUUUGGGUAUGCCUUUUUGGCGACUGUUGAUCGCCUCUGGCAUUAUUGCCAUCGUCAUUGGCUUCUUCAACGUCGUGACUAGCUUCAUCUUCCGGGACAAAUCUCGCAACAUUACCGCUCGUGGUGUCCGGUCUCGAGGCGCCAUGACGCUCACUGAAGUCGACACCGAAUCGCAAUACGCCCAAUCCCAAUACGAUCCUAAGCACAAAGCGUUUACCAUCACUACCCACCACACUGGCAGCAGCUCUUCCCGCACACAUGUCGGCGGUACACCUCCAAUGCGUGCGGGUACACCACCUGUCAACUGCGGUUCGCCUCAAAUGGCUGCACAAAACAACGAUCCCAACCGUCUCUCACAGUUUAACUUCAGCCCCAUUCGUGCCUUCCACAACGCGCGCCAGUCUUUUCUCCCAUCGUAUCACAGCACAGCGCCCACCAAGCCUAGUAUAUUUGGCCGACGACCAACCUCGUCGCUCUACUCGAGAACAACAUCCGGCGCCGAGCCAUCGAGAAAGAAGUUCUGGCAGCGACAAAAGGAACAAGAGGAGAUCCCGCAAGUGCCUGAGAUCUCGUACCCACUCAACGUCAACCCUCAAUUUGCGCACUUGGUUAAACCAAACCUUGCGCAUCAUCCGAGUCUGAGGAGACCUGAGGCAGACUUUGAUAGAAUUUGAACUUGUUGCGAAAGGUUGGCGUUUAUACAGCAGAACAACCCACAUGCAGCUUGAUGCAUGAUCACUUUAUGAUACCACUUUCUUUUCUCAUCGGCUGGCUUUCCUAUCCCAAGAUGUCAUGUCAUGUCAGGUUCAUGGUUUUAGCGGCCCGUCAAUAUCAUCGGGCAGGCGUUCAUGCUUUCAGGCGUUACAUAAAACUCGACUCGAUAUUACGGUGCAGAUGCCCAUCGUGGCGCACAUUAUGUUUAUUUUAUUAUGAGUACACAGACAACUACUUUACUACUAUCAAUUUCGUAUUCCUGACGAGCGUGACGGUGCUCCGUUACAUCCCACUCAAAGAGAGU